AUGGAGGCUCGGUGGGAGCUCGUCAAGCCCCUGGAGGGCACGCAGCGGCCGCGGAAGCGGUACCAGCACAGCGCCGUCGUCGACGUGGCCUCGCGGAGCCUCAUCAUCUUCGGCGGCAUCGACAGGGCUGGCGGAAUGUUCAACGACGUCCGGGCCUUCAGCCUCGAGGCGAAGGAGUGGGCGGUGCUGGGCCAGGCCAGCGGGCCAAAAAACAACGGGCCUUGGCCCUCCUGGCCCUCAGCGCGGUACGGCCACUCCACCAUCCUUGACUCGGCGGCCCAUGCCAUGGUCAUCUUCGGGGGCUCCGACGCAGAUUGUCGAAACGACACCUGGUUCUUUAGCCUGGAGGAGCGACGUUGGAGCUGCGACCAGACGGCGACCUCCCUCGGAAAAGAUACCGGCACACCGCGAUCUUCGACCCCAAGGCCCAGAGGAUGGUGCUCUUCGGAGGCGACGGCGGAAGUGAAGAUUAACUGGAUGAUUUGUUCGUCUUGGAGCUCCAGGCCGAGUGCUGGGUGA